AUUACUGAAGAAAUGAAACUGAAUUCUAUGCACUUCUACAGCUGCUGUUCUGUGCGUAGCUCUACUUUUUUUGCUUAACUAAAAUGGCUGAGGCAAGUAUUUUAGUAGGACAAGAUGAAUUCUGCUGUUCUAUCUGCUUGGAAUUACUCAAGGAUCCAGCCACUUUAUCCUGUGGACACAGUUUUUGUAUUGACUGUAUUAACAGUUGCUGGGAUCAGCAAAAAAGAACCUCCAGCUGUCCUCAGUGCAGAGAAACUUUCUAUCCAAGGCCUGCUCUACACAGGAACCACAUGCUAGCUGAAUUGGUGGAGAAACUGAGAUGGGCUGAACCACAACCUAGUGCUCAAGAUUAUGCUACUCCGGGAGAUGUGGUGUGUGACAUCUGCCCUGGAAGAAAACGUAAAGCUGUAAAGUCCUGUCUGGUGUGCCUGGUUUCCUACUGUGAAGCUCACUUUAAACCUCAUGAUGAAUAUGCUCCUCUGAGGAUGCACACAGUUAUUGCACCCUCUGCACACCUACAUGAGAAAAUCUGCCCACAGCAUGGAAAGCCUCUGGAUGUUUUCUGCCGUACAGAUCAGAAAUGUGUUUGCUGUCUGUGCGUGUUGGGCGAACACUGUGGUCAUGAAGUAGUUUCCAUUGUAGAUGAGAGAGCAGAGAAACAGAGACAGGUGAUGGUAACCCAGAAUGGCUACAAAAAGAGAACCCAGGAGAAAGAGGAUGAACAUCAGGAGCUGAUAGAAUCUGUAGCGUCUCUUAAGCAUUCUGCACAGACAGCAGUAGAAGAUACUGAGAGAAUGUUUCAUGAGCUAAUUCAGUCCAUCGAGAGAAAGUGUUCUGAGAUGACAGGGGUGAUCAGAGCUCACGAGAAAACUGAAUUAAGCCGAGCUGAAAAGCACCUGAAGCAAGUAGAGCAGGAGAUUGUUGAUCUCAAGAGGAAAGAUGAUGAGCUUCAGCAACUAUCACAGACAGAGGACGACUUCUGCUAUUUACAGAUUUUCCAGUCUUACCAAGGUCUCAAGCUCACUGAAGACUUUUCCAGAAUUAAGAUUAAUAUGCUACAGUCAUGUGAAGAUAUUAAGAUAUCUGUCAGCAAACUCAAACAGCAAGUUGACAGUCUCAAGCAGCAUCCUGAUUCAUCCUCUCAAUUGAAAGGUCAGCAAAUAGCAUCUCAGUGUACCCCCUCUGACCAACAACCUGAGCAGAGCCGUUUACCCAAGCCCAAUUCCAACUCUGGCUCAAUGUCUAAACCUGCUGCUAAACUCCAGUCCCCAUUUGGUUCUAUGUCUCUGUCUAAACCUGCUGCUGAACACCAGGUCCCAUUCAGCUUUGGAUCUGCGUCUAAAUCUGAUGCCGGAUCUCAGUCCCCAUUUGGUUCUUUGUCCCUGUCUAAACCUGCUCCUGAACACCAAGUCCCAUUCAGCUUUGGAUCUGCGUCUAAAUCUGAUGCCAGAUCUCAGUCCCCAUUUGGUUCUUUGUCUCUGUCUAAACCUGCUGCUAAACUCCAGUCCCCAUUUGGUUCUUUGUCUCUGUCUAAACCUGCUGCUGAACACCAGGUCCCAUUCAGCUUUGGAUCUGCAUCUAAAUUUGAUGCCAGAUCUCAGUCCCCUUUUGGUUCUUUGUCUCUGUCUAAACCUGCUGCUAAACUCCAGUCCCCAUUUGGUUCUUUGUCUCUGUCUAAACCUGCUGCUGAACACCAGGUCCCAUUCAGCUUUGGAUCUGCAUCUAAAUUUGAUGCCAGAUCUCAGUCCCCUUUUGGUUCUUUGUCCCUGUCUAAACCUGCUGCUGAACACCAGGUCCCAUUCAGCUUUGGAUCUGCGUCUAAAUCUGAUGCCGGAUCUCAGUCCCCAUUUGGCUCUUUGUCCCUGUCUAAACCUGCUCCUGAACACCAAAUCCCAUUCAGCUUUGGAUCUGCGUCUAAAUCUGAUGCCAGAUCUCAGUCCCCAUUUGGUUCUUUGUCUCUGUCUAAACCUGCUGCUGAACACCAGGUCCCAUUCAGCUUUGGAUCUGCAUCUAAAUUUGAUGCCAGAUCUCAGUCCCCAUUUGGUUCUUUGUCUCUGUCUAAACCUGCUGCUGAACACCAGGUCCCAUUCAGCUUUGGAUCUGCAUCUAAAUCUGAUGCCGGAUCUCAGUCCCCAUUUGGUUCUUUGUCUCUGUCUAAACCUGCUGCUGAACACCAGGUCCUAUUCAGCUUUGGAUCUGCAUCCAAAUCUGAUGCCAGAUCUCAGUCCCCUUUUGGCUCUUUGUCCCUGUCUAGACCUGCUGCUGAACACCAGGUCCCAUUCAGCUUUGGAUCUGCAUCCCAAUUUGGCUCUGGGUCCACAUCUAAACCUGUUUCUGCACCCUAAUCCUGAUUCACCUUUGAGAUUCUGCUGGAUGAAUUCUUAGAUUAUCUUUGUGACAUCCUCUAAGACUGCCAUUGUCCUCCAUCUCAACAUAAGAAAUAGCUGAUGCUGAAGCAAGGGUGCAUUAUAUUUGUUUAAUCUGAAUCACUACUAAAUAUAAUAGUGCACUAUUUGUGACCUUUAAGCAUACACAAUAUGAACUCCCAGAACUUUGAUUACUUCUGCAGGUAAAUGACCAGUGUUCCCAUUUUGAGUGCGUCAUCGCGAUUGCCUCUAAGGGUAAUAUGAAUACAUGGAAUGAAAGCCUUUAAUAAAAUGUAAUGAAGUUUCUUGCACUCAUUGUAUGAAGUAUUAAUUAAGAUGACUGGAGAAAAUGAAAGAAGGUUUGAAAUAUUUGAAAAUUAAUGACAACAGUUGGUUAUUGCUUACAUGCACAUUUCCAGGCAUAAAAAUGCACUGCACAUUG